AUGAAAAUGAAUUCUGAUCAAUUCGAUCAAUACAUUCCUGAACCAUCUUCAUCAUCAACACAAGCAUCAAUUUCACCUGCAUUGUCGCCUAAGGAAAAUUAUACUCGCGAAAAGUUUCAGCGCCAUUUGAAAUUUGAUAAAACUCAAAAUGUCAUUCUCGACAAUUCAAAUAGCAAAAACCCAGCUGUAUGCUGGUGUUCAUUUGGUUUUCCAGCCGUACUUGAUACCAAUGGUGUCCCUAAAAAGAUUCCAAACUUUGUUUCAUGCAAGAAAUGUUUCACUAUUUAUUUUUAUGUCUUGAGGGUGUGGCUGUGGAUGGGUGUGAGAUAUAGAUCGAGAAUGCUACUACUAUAG